UGCCCUGUGCACGUGGCUUGCGUCACGCGAACAAGCGCUGUGGGCGCCUCGGCCCUCCUUUUACCAAACCACGGAUACUGCCAAACAUAUCCGGCAUAUAUCUCAAAAGAUGGCGGGACGACGCUGUGACGGAUCACUCGCUAUUACUCAGGUCUAUUCGGUGUGACGAUCCGGCCGAUGGCGAGAAACUGGACGUGAGUGCAAAAGGUUCAAUAUAUAUACCCAGCACCUUUGCACUUCUUACGCCUAACCUAUAAAUUUCAGUCAAGAAUUGAAGCCACCAGAGAAAAGAGUGAAUUUCAGUGCGUAAUUUCCUGACGUACAGUAGCUUAUACUAUCAAACAUUUUUAUUUGCUAAAACGACGUCAGCAGUGAACCAUAUCAGUCAGCUCUCUCACCGUCUUGAAUCAACAGCGAUGGAACCUCCAGCUAUCCCUGUCGAAAUCCUCAAUGCUAUUUUCGAUUUUUUAUCCGACAGUACUUCUGAUUUGAAAACAUGUUCGCUUGUGUCGCCUGCCUGGCAUGCAGCUGCAGCUAAGAUCCUGUUUUCCGAGCUUCACCUUCUAUGCUCUCUCGGUGACCAUCCGAUUCCCCCUGCUCUUCCACAAUCAAAGCGUCGGUUCGAUCUGGCGUACGGUAUCUUUCCAGUAUAUAGGAAGAAGUGGCUUAUGGAGGAUACGGACGCACAUUGUAUAUGCAGUGAUAAUCAGGAUCGCACCAUUCAAUCAUUCUGUUCGAAUGGAAUAUCGACCAUGGUCAACAUCACUAGCAAUGUUGCUCGACUCAAGUUGAUGUUUUGCAGAAGCGGCGACGGUCCCUUGGAACCAGUCAGCAAUGGUCCUCAUUCGUUGCAAUUGUAUCCCGACUCCACCAUAUCGACUCUGCUUCAACUUAUCGACGAGCUUUCCUUCGUUCAUCUCCGAUUUCUCACCAUCGAUAGCGCACCUCAGGUACUGUACUUCAUGAUCUGCGAGCCUUUCAGCGGUGUUCUCUCCUCUGCUCCUUCGCUUGAAGAAAUCAAAUUUACGAGCUUUGAAUCCAUGCAGAACUCUGAUAUCAAACGAUUACUCAAUAAACACACCUUUUCUUGUACACGGUUCCCCCGUCUUCGCCGCAUCGUCUUUCAAGGACUAUUUGGAACCAAUACAUCGGGUCCGUACGGGCCAAGGAUGAGCUGUGCCCUAGAGCUUACGCGCACAGAUUCGACUACUCUACAUAACGCAAGUGCAUCCUCCGUCUCUGUGGGAGUGUCGUACUCCUCCUACCAGGAUUCUCUUACCGAGCCUGAUGGAUUCUCGAGGUUUGAGAUUCCGGGCUGGUGCUGCUUCAGUGGACUUUGCAAGAAUCUGCCGGAGUCCAAGUCGCUCGUUGAUGUUAUGAGCAUAGGCUCGGGCUUCAAAGACUGGUCGCUUCCUACCAUAGGUAUUGUUCUAGGGGCAUUCCAAUCCGAUACUCUUGGUCCCUUUGCGCGAACACUGGAUGUCAAGGUCUCGUCCGAUGUCAACGAUCGUAAGUUCAGUUUACUUACAUUUCCUGGCUCCGUCUCAUAACUACGGUUCAUUGUUCUCUUCUUUUGCAGCUUCCGGAACCAAGCUAUUUGCGUACAUCACACAGACUUAUUCUCGGAUCUCUUCCUUGAAUCUGUUCUUCAGUUCAAUUGUGGAAAUGAGACUGGCUCUUCUCCAUAAUACUGAGCAAGGAUCAGAUCAUCCCAUCCCCGGGCGUAUCACAAUCAUACAGCAGUUGCUUCUACUAUCUGAAUUAUCUUCCUUGAAACUGACCCUUUACGACAAUGCCGCGUUCAUGACAGUCCUUGCCUUCCAUAUCGUCCACAGUCAGAAUCAGAGCCUCUCCGUGAUGUCAGACCUGCGUGCC